CUGGCGGAAGUCGAUUGGCUCAGAGAGGCUGGUCUUCAAGAUAUUAUUCACUCAUUAAAAGACAAUUCUUUGACGACUACAUCGGUUUCUUUGGAUGAAUUGCUAUCCAAUCCUUUGUCCAUUCAAUUGACUGAAAGGCAGACAAAUACAGUGCGAAAGAGAGUCAAUACAUUGCGUUCAACAUUAAUCAAACAGAAGACACACAACAGUAAAAGAGGUCAAGAAGUGGUCCAAAUUGUUAACAGUAAACAGCGUCCGGAUGUGAGAUCACUGUUCAAUAACUCCGACAACACUGACAGCACUCGUGAUCAACCAAUUAUUAUCACUGAUACAGAUAUAACAGAAAAUGACGGAUUGGUUCUAUCGGUUCCCAACAGCCAUACGCUAAACAUACCUCCGAUUCCGAUGCCUCGAAGAGGUUCAUCGCCUGAUCUCAAGAUUACCGCUGAGACUGGAAGGACUCGUACGCUAUCAAACCCGCCAGAUAUGGACAAUGAGAACAAUUUAAUAAAAUACAAAUCGAAAUCAAAUUUAUUGAAUUUAAGUAAAUCGACGACUAAUUUGAAGAAAGAGUCUUCGAGUCGAUUCAGUUGGUCCGGCUAUAAGAAAGCCUUCAGACUAGUCAGCGAUCGCCGCAAUUCUCAUACAGCGCUCGACACCGACAACUCCGGCACCGGAAUCGAAGCGUUGAGUUUGAAAUACAAUUCUAGUCUCAGAGGACACGAAGACAUCCCAAGAAAUGUCAAACAAGUGACCGACACUUACGGCAAUGAUUUCUUCGCCGCCGAUCACAUCACAGCUCAGGGAUUGGGAAUUGAAGUCGUGAUGAAUCCUCAAAUUCAAUACACAUCUCCUACGCACACAAGUUUAAACCUGAGAUUA